AUGGGUUGUUGUGCCAGCGCUGCAAGUUAAAUUUCCUUGCCUUCAAAUCACAAGCCAGAUCAGUAGAGAAUUCACACGGAGUAAUCAUAAGGAAAUAAGGAGGAAGAUAAAUAAUAAAUAUAAACGCAAUAAAAUCAAAAUGAUGAAGAUGAUCGUGAUAUCAUUAAUGAAAAUCAGAAAUAGGAUAGAAUCGGCAUGGUUGUGAUACCUCUAAAAAUGAAGCCAAUCUAGUUUAGAAUUGAAGGUGUUGAUGAAGAUGGCCUUACAACGAGAGAAAGAAAACAACUUGAGAAAUAAAAGUAAAUAGCUAAGUAGCAAGAAGAGAAUGAAAUAGAGUUAAAGAGCAGUUCUAAGCCAAAAGUUAAACAGUAUCUAAUAAACCUAAAGAAAAAGUUCAAGUCUUAGUAUUAUGAUUACAACGAGGAAUAAAUGAAUAUAGUUCUGGAAGUGGAAAUAUUACUUCACAACAAGCAAUUAAAUUUAGAUUCAUUGAAUGAAAUUUGCCAAAAAUAUAACAAGACCCUGAUAGACGUCAUAUCUUUAAAGAACCAAUAAAAUUAUUACUUAAUCGAAUUGAUCCUGAUUUACGUCAAUGAUUUCGAAAUCAUUCAACAUGUUCUACUCAAUCAUUAGUUGCCAGAUGGAUAGAUAUUACAAACUACUGCUCAUCGAUUGAUUAACAAAUUGAAGCCAUUUUUUAGUAGUAAGGAACAACUGCAAUAGUCCAUAUAAUUCAUUUAAUCAAUCUUCCACUCCGAAGAAGUAGUGCGCAUAUUACAUGAACUGGAAUUUACUAAUAUUGAUUCCUAUGUAGAUCUAAAGAAUUAAGAUUAAUUGAAAUUGUUUGGAUUGAUAAGCAAACUCCUUAUAAAAAGUGAUGGUUGUUUUAAGAGAUUUGUAGAAUUGUAUCGAGAGGCCAAAAAGUAUCUCAGAUUUUAAAACUUGAGUGUUCCUAAAUGUAUACCAUUGGGACUAAAUACUGUCAGAAUUCUUGACAAGGCUAUUUUGUUAGAACUGUAAUUUAGCAUCUUUCAUUAAAUUGCGCUCUAAAAUAAAUGGGAUAUGUUUAUGCAAUAUUCUAAUGAUUAUUAUCUAAUGCCCGACAUUACUUAAGUGACUCCAAUGAUGAUGUUAUUCUAAAAUGCACCCAUCAGUGUUAUCAAUGAAUAUAUCACCUUAUAUCCAGACACUUUAGAAAAGGCAUUACAUUUCUAUAAAAGGAAUGGAAAAAACUUAAUACAUUGUUUAUGCCUUAAUACAUCUAAAAGAUCUAUUGAGGAAAUCAAAUCCCUUAUUGAUAGUUUAAACUAAUAUUAAGAUUUGUUAAAAGAUUUAUUAGUCUAACCCUAUAAUGAGUAGAUUCCCUUAGUCACUUAUUUGGAUUACUGGAAGGAACCUCAAGAGUUUUUCAUUACAUUCUUAAGUUAGCAUGUCUAAAAGGAGUUUGAUUUUUAUCAAAUUUAUUGUAAUGUUCUAAAAUCCGCAUUUGAAAGAAAUAAAUAAGAUUGGAAAGAUUAAAGGAUCAACCCCUCCUCAUUAUACUUUCAAUCAAUGCAAAAUAACAAAACACCUCAAAGAUUAAGAAUUCAAGGUUAUGAAGAAUAGAACUUUUCAUAAUAUGAUAAGGUUUAUUAUUAGUACAUUUAAGUUGCGAAAUAAGUGAUAAAGCAUAAAUUCAAAAUCAAUUUAAGUUGGAUUAAUAAUUUUGAUGUGCAUUCAACACAUUAUCCAUACGAAUUUAGUGGCAUCGUGAGACCGUUAUUGAUUUAACUGAUUUAAUUUGAUUACUUUGAUUUGGUUAAGAAGUAAGUCGAAUUAAUAAAGCCCAAUUAUUAAAAAUAAUAAAUUGAUAAUAAUGAUAAUGAAAUCAAUAUACAAUCAUAAUUCAUAUCGAAAUUAAUCUAAAUAAUUAAGUUUGCAUCGGAUAGAUCUCAAUUAACCCCCAUUAUUGAAUAUAUUAAAUAAACAAUUAGCUCAAAUCCUUAAUUGUUGAAGACUCCUUUACAUGGGUAUUUCGAUGCAAGAUCUAAGUUGAAUAACUCCAUUUAUGGCUUUAAAGAUAGUAGAUCGAAAUAGCAAUUAUAUUACUUUGAUUGUAUUUAUACUCAACUUGUAGAUUUGAAUGAUAAGGCAUUCGAGUCAUGUUAUAAAGUUAAUGGGUUAGAAUUUCAAAAAAAUGAAUUGGUUGGUUUUUAAAUACUUCGUAAAUUCUAUCUUAAUAACAAACUAUUAUUAAUAGAUGACGAAAUUAUAAACGAAAUUUAUAGAAAUAUCACUUUCGUUGCUAAUUUCUAAUAAGAAAAUCCCUCUCUUAAAGAACAUUAAGGUAGGGUCAUAAAGCAAAAGUUUGAUUAACCUUGCAAAGAUGUGAUUAAUGAUAAAAAUUAUUACAACCUUAUCCAUACAACAGAAGAGAAAAUCCGUACUGAACCUUCAAGUCAAGUGACCUAUAAGUAGACAUCUAAUAGAAGUGAUAAUAGAAACAAUUAGUAAAAGUCAGACAAACCUACCCAAAAGAAGGUCAAAAGGAUUAAUAGAGUUAAACCCAUAAUCAAUUAGAUAAGAGUGUUUUUAGUUUUGAAGGCGGUUGAUAUUCAGGAUGGUCCCACUUAUAAUUUUAAGGAAUUUCUCUAAUUCUUGAAGAUAAAAUGUUUUGAGUAUUAGAUAAAGAACGAGAGUUUGUUUGAUAAAUUGUGUAAUAGUAAUUAAGAAUUGAAUGUCCAAACUCUAAGUAAACUAGACUUCAACGAUAACUUUGGCAGAUUCCCAAAAGGUUUGCAUCUUUUGGAUGAUUAUUUUGAUAUUUAUGUUAGUUCUAAACGUUGGACUUCCUCGCUCUUCAUUAAUGCAAAAAACAUAAAAUUCGACUUCAACUUUCUUCAAGCCAUUUUAGAAGAUCAAGAAAACCAAAGAAACAUAAAUUGUACCAUCUUUAAAAUGAAAGAAGAUCAACUUGAAAACAUCUAUAACUGGGAGAUGGGUGGUAUGUAUGUAAAUUUCAUAUCUCCUCUGAAAGAAUACCCAAUUCCAAAGAAUUACAAAGAGAAGGCUGCCUUGUAUACUAUAAAGAAUAAGAAACCGUUUUUGGCAUCCUUAAUCACAAUAAAGGAGUGUUACGACGAUUUAACAUAACUCUAUCCUUAAUCCUUAAUAUAUGAAUGGGUAAUUUCGGAAUUAUCAUUCAGAGAUAUUGUUUAAAAUAAAUCAUUUGAGAGCUUAAAUCAUGUCUUAAAGAUUACCGAGACUUCUAGAAAGGUUUUGGCAUCUUUUUUGGCUGAGAACUUUUUCCCUUUGGAUUGGAAGCCUAAGAAAAACAAAGAGGAUAUUGAAUAAUUUAAUGACAACUUAUUAUAGCUUUUUGAAAAUUUAGAUUACACUGAAGAUGAAACUAGAAAGGAAUUAAGUCUCCUAAGAAAUUGCCAUCUUUACUCUGUCAUAAAUCUUAAAUCCUAUCAGAAACUUAAGUUAAACUUUUAAGGAAUGAAAUUGUUUGAAAUAAUAGAGGUUAUGAAUUCUUGUGGCGAUAGGGAAGUAAAGUCUGCAAUAUUGAAUGAUAUACCACUGGAUAUAUUGGCGAAUUUGAAAAAAUUAUUGAUUAGAGUAUGUUGUAAAGAUCAAGAAAUGAUAUUUCCCAUGAUAAAAAGAGUUUAGCUCUUAAAUAAAGCAGAUGAAUCUAAAAUUGUGAUGAGAGCAUUGUUGUUAUUGCGUUUCAAUUAGAAUCCAUCUAAGGCUAUAGAUAUUCUAUAGGAAGGCCUUAAAAAGUAAGAAUUGAGAGAUAGAAUACAAAUAAUUCAUCAUUUUUAUAUGAAGGCUUAUAAUAAUAGAGAUUAAGAUUCGUUAAAUCGCCUGUUGGGAUUUUUGGACAAGGAUCCAGAGAAAAACUCAUAUAAAAUGAACUUUAUGUUGGGAAAUUAGUUUAGCGUCGAUUCUGAAUAUAAUAAUUAUAUUUUAGCACUUCGACAUAGUCCUUGUUUGGUGCUCAAUUUACAACAAUACCAAAAAUAUGUAAAAUAAAACAAAUUUGAAAAAAUAAAACUAUAAAAUGACUUUUUGUAAUGUUUAAGAAAUGGUUUACAUGAGAAAGUUGAAAUUUUGAGUUAAUUAAUCGGUCCAUUCGAGUAAAUCUAAGAAAAAGACAAUUUUUGUGAACUCAUUGCUACUAUGUUAAUAGAGGCUAAUGUUUAACCUUAUAAUGAAUCACUGAAGGAUCGUUAGGGAGACUUUUUAGAUGCUGAGUUUCAUAAAUUGAAUGAAGUGGAGAGGUACUAUUUUUUCAGUUAAAAUCACACAUAUACUUUGGAGAGGAAACAAUUAAAAUAAAAGGAUCCUAUGCAAAUGUUUAUUAAUAGAGCACAGCAAUAAUUUGAGUAAUCGAAGAAAAUAAUUAAUCAUCCAGUUAAAAGGAUUGAAUACAUUUAGAAAUAGGAAUAUUAAUUACUUUAUGCAUAAAAUUAAGCAUAUUCAAAAUAAAAUUAAAAUUAUUCCAGUUUAUUUCAAUCUAGUUAGUAUUCACAAUUAUAAAACUAUGAUAAAUGUUUUGAGUUAGUCUAAAAAUGGGCUAAUCAAAAAAAUUUGAUUUAAAAAUCCCCAUUUUAUGAAAGAAUGUAUGCUCUGAGAUAUCCAAAUAAAUAGUAGGUUCAAUAAAAAGAGUAAUUGGUAGAAAUAUUGGUCAACCAAAUUUUAUUAAAAUAGGCAGGACCUAAGUUUUUAAAGCAUAAAUCCAAAGAAUAUAUCGAAUUAUUGAAAGCAAAUUGUACAACCUCGCUUAACAAAUAUGUGAAGAAUAAUUUUAGAAAUAUACGCCCUCAGAUGCUGGAAUUAUUUGUAUCUCAAUUUAUAUGUGAAGAGCAGAAAUAUGAUCCAAGCAACGAUGAUUUGGAUUACAUCAUUAUGAAUAUGAAAUAUCAGAAUAUCAAAUUGGUACCUAUAAUGAAAAAGAAGUAUAAAGGAUUAUUGGAACUCAAAUUCAAUAAAGCUACUUAGUUCUAUGCUAAAAAUGAAGUGAACCUUUUGCCAACCUCAUAAUACGAUGUAUCCUGUAAGAAGUUUGAGAAAAGAAUGCAGUUCUACUCUCGAUUUGUUAGUGGAGUUGGGGCAAACUUAAAAAAAUUAAAACCAGAAUAAGUGUACUUGGUUUUUGGUAAACAUAAUCACAUCCUAUAGAAACCAUAAUUUAGUUAUGAGAACUUGGUUCUUGCUCUUAUUAGUGGAAAUAUGGAGACUAUUCUUUACACUAUACAACUUCAUCAACAACCAAAUAAACUUGCCUUUGAAUAGAAUCUCUUUUAAUUGAUUAUUCUAGGCAAUUUCAAUGACAAUCUUGUGAUUAAGUUCUUCAAUAAAUACAUUAAAGACUAGGUCAAAUAAACCAACAGAAUUUUCUAAAUUGAUAAUCAACCUAUUUUAUAUUACUUAAUGCUCAUGAGAAGACAGAAAUUAUUUGAAGAAAUCUAUUUAUCAUUCAUGAUACAAAUACAUGGGUAAGAAAAGGCUCUUCAAAUUUUAAAAGAUGAAUUACGAAUUGUUAUUGGAGGCACUGAGAACUAAGACAUCUUAGGUCUAGCCUUAAUGAGGAAAAAUUAUUUUAUUCUGAAUUAUUGUGAGGAUGUCAUAACUAAGGAACAUUUACAAUUCAUUCAACAUUACGAUGUCAAUUACUUCAUUUAAAAUAAAUCUUAAAAUAACAACACUCCUCUAUCUAAAUUUAUUGAAUUGUACUAAAAACAUCUUCCUUUAGCUUGCUUAGAAUUCAAAUCUCAGUGCUUUGAGAUGAAGGCUAAGAUAUGUGAAAAUUAACUUUAUGGGAUUCAUUAAGAUAAACUUCUAGACAGUCGACGCUAAUAAAUAGUAUAACUAAUCUCAUAUGAACAAGCUUGCAUCAAUUUUGUGUUGAAUUUGAAUGAUGUUUAUUGUUUUAGCAGCAAAGCUUUAACUAUAUAGAUGGCUCUGGACAAAUGGAAGAUUUUAGAUUAAUAUCAUUAUAAUCCUCUUUUUCUCAAAUAGGUCUUAUUGGAAUAUAAACAACCUGACGGAUCUUAUUAAAUGGAACAGGGCUUAUAUGAGAAUCUUCUUCGAGAAUGUCAGAAAUAUCUAAUAUAUUAACAUCCAAUUUUUAAUGAAAUAGCUACUAUAAACCCUAAGUUAUUCCUUCAACUUACUAGCCCAGAGGUUCUAACCAUUUCAACAGUUAUUGUUCUGAAUUAAGCUUUAUAUUAAACUCCUGAAUUGUUUGAAUAUGUAGAAUCUCAAUAUCAGGCAUAUAUAGAACUCGAAAAAUAAUAAGACCGAAGAAGAAGUCAAAAAUAAAAGAAAAGUACAAAGGUUGAAAAUCAGAUUGAGAAUGAAUAGAGAAGCUAAAACUAAAGUGAGAACAAAAACGAGGAGAACAACGUCUCACAAAAUGUGGAGUAGAAUUAGGAAAAUGUGGAGGAUAAGCAUGAGGAGGUUACAGAUGAUAUGGCAGAUAAAAUGGUUGAUGAAAUGGCUGAUGAAAUAGCAGAUAAAAUGGCUGAUGAAAUUUAAGGAUAGGAAGGAGAUGAUAAACCAGUUCAAAAUCGUAGCAGAGAUUAGAUACACAAAAGUAUUCUCUAUGCCUUUUAUUUAUUAAUGUGCAUUCAAAAGGACGAAUAUUAAGAAUGGGUUUCUAAAUCAUAAUAAUUAAAAGUUGUUGUGGAAAUUUAUUCGAUUCUUGUUAAGCUGGAAUGCAAAACCAAAUAGUAAAAACCAUAUCUUACUGAGAACAGUAAGACUUUCUUAUUCUCGCAAUUAAAUAAAGAUUAUCAAUUUAAAGAAAUUUCUUAUUUUGAAUAAAUUUUAGAAAAUGAGAAGUCCAAGGAAUUAGCUAUCUUAAGAGGUAUAAUAUGUAUCUAAUAAAUUAAUCAAAUCAUGAAAGGAUUUAUUGAUAGAUUGAGUGAGGAGAUCACUACUAUGAAUAAUUUUAAGAAAAAUGUAUACAUUGUAUUUGGAGACUAGUAGAUAACAUACGAGGACGUUGGUUUCAUCAUUCCACUUCAAUAAUUGGAUGAAGGAUUUUACUUAUCUGAGGAAAAGAUUGCUUAAGCUAUUCCACAACUCAAGAUAGCGAAUUAUUAGAUGAAUAUAGAUAUAGAAUUAAUACAAUAUCAAGAAGUCUAAGAGAAUUUGAAGAGUUUUGAUUUCAGUUCGAUCACGACCGUUGACUUUAGUGAGAUCAUUGCAAAUGCAAAGGAGAAUGUGUUUGAGAAGUGUUUGUUCUUCAAGGAGCUUAUGGAAUAAUAAUUUGAAAAAGUUGGUAUUUAUCAAAUAGAUGAUGUGUUUGCUCCUCAUUAGCAUGAGUAAAUUCGAUAAACUGAUAUGCAGCUAUUUCAAACCCAGGGACAACCUCCAUCUUUAAUUCAUUAGAGUCAGAGUCAGAUGGGUGUGUCAUAGGGGAAUCAGAUGCAGAGAUAAUCACAUAUGAAUCAAUAGUAAAUUAUGAAGGAAGAUUUCCAAUUUAUGUUUGAGCUGUUGCCUGAUAAUACCUAUUAGGUUAGACAGUAAAAGAAAUAGAAAAAUUAGAAAGAGCUAAUAUUUGCUGAGUUCUAUAAUUUCAUUCAACCACAAGAAUUCAUUGCUAAUUAUAAUGGGGAUGCUGUAAUUUCAAUAAUAAUUUAAGAUUUUUAUAAAUAUAAUGAAUAUCUAAGCACUUUAAUUGAAUAGAAAUAAUAGCAAGAUUGGAGAUUGGAAUUUCCAUUUUAUAUUAAAAAUUAACACUUUGUGUUUUAAGAUUAAUUAUUUUCAACAUACAAUAUUUAGAUGAUACUUACUAAAAUGGUUGGAUUUAUAGAAAAAGUACAAUAAUUACUAGGGAGAAAUGAAGAUAAUAGUAAAUUGGUCUGGAGAAUAAAUACAAUCUCAUUCUUAGAAGUAAUAGUGAGUAAAUUGGUUGAACUGUAAUAAGUUUCAUAUAAAAUAAUUAACAUAUAUUCAAUCUUUGAACAAGUGUUCAGUUGGGAUACAUUGAUCAUGAUUUUGCACUAAUUACUCUAUAACAAUUUGAUAAAAGCAUAAUAAGUGUUAAAGGUGAUCAGAGGUGUUUAUGUUGAAUUCAAUGAAUAACAAGGGAUUUAAUUUGUGGAGAAUGAUCAAAAGCAAGGGUUGGACAGAAUCUUCUAAUUUGGAAAUACCACUUAUCUACUUUACAAUCACAUCCUGAUCAUUAGAUUGAACAUUGUAACAGCCAGUCAGAGAUAAUAAAAAAUUCAAUAAGUGGAAAGUGCUCCUUAGAUUUAUUAGAGGAAUAAAAGUGUGUUUAAGUAAGAUCCAUUUAUCUAGGAAUAUUUCCAUAACAUCAUAAACGAAUAUGAUUUCUAUAAUUAAAUAUUCAAUCCAGAAUAGCUAAUUUAAUACUUGUUCAAUAAAUUGGAUGUCGAUCGACAUUUGCUGUAAUAUUCGAAUCAACUAAGCAAGACUCUCAACAAAACUAUUACUUUGUCAGUUGAUCAUUAAUCUCUAGCCUCAAUCUUCUCAAGUGAAAUCUCCAAGAUCUAUCAGAAUAAGAAUAGCAAGAAUAGAUUGAAGGAAAUGGAGGAAAUUUGGUACAUCUUAUAAAAAUUGAACAAGUAUUUCAAAGAAGACUUGUACAGUUUUUUACAAAGACAAUUGAAAGCUGAGAGAUUUGAUGAAAUGUUUAAUAUUAGAUUAUCCUGUCUCUUAUCUGCAUUGAGACAAAAUCAAACAUUAAUGAACAUAGUUGUCUCAAAUACAAGAUAGUUGCAACUUAAAUAGAAAUCUAAGAUUUUAGAGAAAUUAUGUCCGUUCACUCAAAAGAGUAAUAUAAGGCUUGUGUAUCAUUUUGGAUUUUAGAUCUCCAAGAAUUAUUAUGUAAAUAAUAGUAAAUUGGGAGAUGUUUGUAUGUUAAUCUUCUGCGAGAAUCAGAGAAACAAUUUAGAACCAGGUUAAUUGGUUUACAAUUCCAAACCAGGACACUUAUUAUUUCAAAAAAUAGAUUCUAUGAAUGACGAACUCUUAACGCAUGAGAAAAUCACUAGAAAACAACAAAAAUAUUCUGGAAUUACAGCAUCCUCCAAAGAAUUAAGAUAUGUUCAAAUUGAAGACUUAAUGUCAAUUGUAUUAUUUCAACCAAUCUGGCCAUCAGAUCCUGUCUUUAAUGCGUCAAUCUUGAAUGUAUUUUUCACUGAUCAAGAUGGCUGCAUUUCAAUUUGCAAUGAACCAAAAUUCUUGACUAUUAUGAGUUAAAUUUAAUGCGAGUAGGAUGAAUUCACCAAAUAAGAAAUGCUUGAUAACCUCUUUGGAGUUGGUUUGGUAUCCACUUAUAGUGAUUUGAGUCUAACUUAAUUGACACCCAUCUUUCCUGAUUAAAUCAAUUUCGAUUUUACUGCCAUGCAUCAGUUGAAGAAAUAACAAUCUUUAGUUUAGGGAUAAAAUGUUUUUGUUCGAAUCAAUGGAGACAAGUUUAAACUCGAUUAAAUUGAGAUUGCAACUGUCAAUAUCGCUUGUCACUUUGAAACCAAUGAAAUAGCUCAAUAAGCACUGAAAACCUUCAAUAAAUUCCUUAAGAAAAAUAGCGAAAUAACAAAUGUUUUCUUAAAUUUUGAUGAUCAAUUCAAUUAAAAUCCAGAGUUCUAUGUAGAUUGUAUCCUUGUGGGAUAAACCAUCUUCGAGGCCUUUUAAUCAGGUUAUUAAAAUUUCAAGGAAGGGUACUCUUAUCCAAAGAUAAAUAAUUCAUUGCAGCAUAUAUUCGACAUCGAAUCAGUUCAAAAAAUAAAAAUAGAUUUCAUUAAGACAUUCAUUGAAAAGAUUGAAUUUAUUUUUGAAAAAACCUAUGACAAUCAAAAACCAUUAAUUCAAUAUGAAAAUCGAACUUUAAAGUGCUAUACCCUUAUAGACGAGAAUGAUGCUGCCUAAGUGCCAGACUAAGGGUAGAUUGCCCAAUUUUUGUUCAAUUUGAUUCUGAAAUUCUAAGUCUAUAAGGUUGACUCCUAUUUUACAGAAGAAAAUUUCCAUAUAUAAUAAGUUGGAGACAUUCAAAUUGAAAACAUCAAAACAGUAGUUGAUAUAAUUUUAUUGGCAAAGUAUCUAUUCAUAUUGUUGAAAUUGAGUGACAAGAAUAUUAAAUUGAAAAUGUCCAUUCUCUCAUAGAAUGAAAUCAAGAGUUAAUUUAAGAACACAAUCUAUCAAUUCGAUCAGGAUGGGUCUCAUGUAAUACUCAAUUAUGAAACUUUCAGUGAUUUCAAUAUCUGCGAUUUCUUCUUGGAUUACCUUAAUAAUAAACAGUUUUAUCUAAGCAAUAGGUAUAAUGAAAAAAUCAAAUACAUUGGAGAUGAUGUAAUUCUAAAUCAUUUUGAUAUUAAACCUAGAGCACUAUUAAGUGGAAUUGAAAACCAUCAAAAUGUUGAAGUGCAAGUGUAUAAUAUAAAUAAAGGGAGGUUAUAAAAUUUGGAUAACAUAGAUCCUGAGGAGGUUGAUUAACUCUACCUCAUCUUCAAGGUGGAUCAAACUUUUCAAGUCUUCCAAACUGUUAUAUUUUGCACUCACAAACUACUAAUAAGUGGCUAUAUGGAUCAAUCUUAGCAUUUGUAAGUCAUUAGCAAUUCUCAGUAUCUAUUAAUACUAGAUUUGGAUUCCAAUAAGGCAAUUGAACCUCAAUUAAGCAAAAUUGAAGUAGAAAAAGGUAAAUUAAAAACCAAUCUGUAGAAUUUAAUUAAGAAGGACAAAAAGAAGGAGAAGCUAUAAAUUUCAUAUAAAUUCAUAACUAAUCAGACGAUCUUGGUUGAAUUUUAUAGUGAUAAGAUUGUAACUAUCAAGUUAAGUUCUUAACAAAAUAGAAUGUCUAUGAUUGAAGAAGAAUUUGAUGAUGCAAUAGAAUUUUCGUUCUAUACAAAACACACUUAAGAUUUGAGUAAGACUUCUCAUGUGAAGGUUGCAAUAGAAGGAUUGGAGAAGGAUAUUGAGUUUGAAUAAGAGGAAUAGGUGCCUUUUGGAUUUGGAGAUGCCAAGAUGUUGAAACUCCUAUUAAAAAACUCAAGCUCAAAAGCCGAUGGGGAGCUGUACCACAAAUCAUGCGAACCACUAACUCAUUCUAAGGAGUUACAAGUAGGCAAUACAAUUAAUAUGCUAAGCAAAUAGGAAAUCCAAGCAGCAUCUAGAGCAGGAUAAGAAAGAAUCGAUAGUAUGGAAUUUAAGGAUAGCUUGGGAAAUCAAGUCAUAUGUUUCUCCUAUACCUCCGUUGUUUUUGUGCACUCCCUAUUUAAUUAAAUUCAAUACGUUCCAAAGUAAAAGGAAGAAAAUUUUUAAUUGCAUCUAACUUGGACUCCAACUUUUAAAGGUGUCUAUAAACUGUAUAUAGACGACGUUCGAGUCAAGGGUAGGUUCGUUAUAUUGGCUAAUGCGCCUAAUCUAUUGGAAAGUGUAAUAGAGCUUCCUCAAGAAUUGCACACUAUACCAUUUUAUGAGGAUAUCCCAUUCGCAUUUUAAAUAAAGGAUGCCUAUUCAAAUAUAUACGGUGAUAUUGAAAACGAUUUGUAUUUGGAUUGCAAAUGUGAAGUCGUUGCACCUAAAGAGGUGAUGCUAGCAGUCAUUUACUAAAACUUGUAGAAGAGUGGAUCCAUAAAUGCAAAGGCUCAUUUCAUCCCUCAGAGUGUAGAGAUAAAUGAACUAUAAACUGAAAUUCAAUUUUUGAUCAACAAUGAAAAAAAAUUAGUGAAACCAAUUAGGAUUUCAGGGAUUUGUUUAGAAAAAAGAAAAAAGAAUUUUGAAGCUGAACUAGACAAAAGUUUCAAGUCAACUCCCUAUUCUUUAAAGAUUAGAAGAUUGAAUUUCUUGAAGGAUUUGCUAGAAUUAACAGACAAGAAAAUGAAUUUCAAUUUCAGUAUUACAUUUUAGGAUGAACCUGGUAUUGAUGCUGGAGGUCUUAAGAGAGAAUUUUAUGAUAUGAUAGGCAACACUCUAAAAGACGACACCUAUAAAUUCUUCUAGCCAGUUUAAGGCAAUCUUGGAAAAUAUUUUCUACAUAGUAAUUUCAACAGGAUUAAAAAUAAAAAAGAUUACGCUCUACUAUUUGGAAAGUUAAUUGCUAAUGCAAUCGCCAAUACUUAUUUGAUCGGCAUUGAUAUAAUAAGCCCAUUUUGGAAAGUUGUGUAUAAUGAGAAGAUCGUCUUUGAAGACUUGUACCUAAUAUGGGAUAAAUAAACAUACUCCAAUUAUGCUAAUCUCAGUAGCAUGAAUUCAGAAACUAUUGAAUCUCUCUACUUAGAUUUUACCUAUUAAUUAGGUAAUUCCACCAUUGAACUAAUUCCAAAUGGAUCUUCCACGGCUGUGACUUCAAAAAACGUGCACUAGUAUUUAGACAAAACUGCUGAAUACAUCAUCUACAAAUAAUUCAAAGACAUCUAUAAAUCAUUUAUUGAAGGAUUUACAUCUGUUGUCGAUUUAAAUAUUUUCCAAAAAUGGCUUAGACCUUCUGAGAUAUCAUUGUUCACACAAGGAUUACUUGAGAUCAAGCCAGAAGUUAUCUUACAAAAAAUAACAUAUUCUGGAGGCAAGGCAAAUCACAAAUCUUAUUUUGAAACCUACGUCAACCAAGCUGAUUCAUUAACAUUAAAGAACAUGUUAAAGUUCAUUACUGGUUCCUCUGCUAUUCCAUUUGAUUAAAGUUAAUAUAUUAUAUCAGUUGAAUUCAAGAAUAACCUGGACACUAGAAAAUUGCCUCUAGCUCACACAUGCUUUAAAUCAAUUGAAGUCCCAUUGUAUGCAAACUAUGGACAAUUGAAAUAAAAAUUAGAUAUCGCCUUCACAAUUGGAUUAGAAGGAUAUGGAUUUGGUUGA